CAAUGAACAAGGAACGAGUUGGAAUCGAAAGUUAGGUUGACUUGCGCACAGCAGUGCAGCGGCUGUACCGUUUGUUGAUGUCAGAUUUGAAGAGUCAGGUGUUGUUAAGCUGUUUUGGAAGUAAUGCUGAGAUCUUGGCACAACUGUGUGACGAGCCAGGUGUUCAGCUGCUUUGGAAGUGAUGCUGAGAGCCAGCCACUGUCAACUAUGUGACAUGUCCAUCAUCCCUGCAUCCGCUCAGCUGAGGUCUCCUAAUGGAUCCUGCGAGAAAUGCAGACCUGAAGCACAGGCUGAGGUUGACUCUGGAUGACCUUGGGGAAGAUGACUUCAAGAGGUUCAAGCAUCUUUUGCGGGAUGAGGGACGAAUCCCAUGCAGGCAGCUGGAAAAGGCUGACACAAAUGACACUGUGGACUUGAUGGUGCAGGUGUAUACCUCUGAAGCUGGCAAUAUCGCACUUUCCACACUGCAGAAGAUGAACCAAAAGCAAUUGGCUGACAGGUUGUCAGGUUAUCUGAGGGGAGAGGGGGCGGUUGACCUGGCAUGUGCUCAAUCUCCCCCUUCAGUUUCCGGAGGUCGUAUGGGAGAGAGAUCUCUGCCACAGCCUGGAGGAGCUGCAAAGGUGGUUGUGACUGCCACUGCUGAAACUGGAGGAGUUAACAAUGUCCCAGUCCUGCAUGACUGCAUCAUCAACGCCCCUGUCACUGUUGUCUGUGGAUCCAGCUCCCACGCGUUUAAUGAAAAUAAUGAAAAAACAACUGUACCAGAGAGUGGAAGAGGUAGGCCAAGACAGAGGUCUCAGCGACGGUCUGAUGGAUAUUUUGCAGUCAUACUGCAGUCUGAAUUCUGGCCGUACUGCAUCCUGCGUUCCAUAUUGCUGUUUAUUGCCCGCUUUCUCCCACUGCUUGGAAGAGGUGAUGCUGAGAUGAAGCGCCACCUCAAGAUGCAACUCAAGGAGAGCCUGAAAAGGUUUUCAGUAAUACAUCAAGAGACUAGGGAUCGAAAGUUGGAAGAUGUCUACACAGAGCUGUACAUAGUAGAGGGCCGAACAGGUGGUGUCAGCAGUGACCACGAAGUGACAACAAUCAAUGCAAAGCAAAAAAGAGAAAACUCUCCAGCGAAGCCACUAUCUUUGAAAGAAAUGUUUUCAGGUGAAGGUUCAAAGACAGUUAUUACUGUAGGAAUUGCUGGCGUUGGGAAAACCAUUGCAGUGCAGAAGUUUGUUACAGACUGGGCUGAAGACAAAUCUCAUAAAGACAUCGACUUUGUUUUUCUUUUCCUGUUUCGGGAGCUCAACACAGAAGACGGAAAGUUCUACAGCCUUUAUGGUUUAAUCACACGUUUCUACACUACACUGUAUACUAAAAUCGAAGAUCUGAGAGAUCUCUUUGAGUACUCUAAGUGUAAAAUACUGUUCAUCUUUGAUGGUUGGGAUGAAAGCCGCCUCCAUGUGAACUUUGACAACUGGAUCUCCGAUCCAAAUGAAGAAUCUUCUGUGGCCAUGCUAGUUGCAAGUCUCAUUAAAGGCAAGCUACUGCCCUCUGCACUCAUCUGGGUGACAACUAGACCAGCAGCAACCCACCUGAUUCCACGUGAGUGUUUCAACAUGGUAACAGAAGUGCGAGGAUUCAAAGAUGAACAGAAAGAUGAGUUUUUCCGGAAGAAUAUCAGCGAUCCAAAGAAGGCUGAAAAAGUCAUUAAGCAUCUUCAAAACAACAGAAGCCUGUACAUCAUGUGUCACAUACCAGUGUUCUGUCACAUCAUAUCAAUUGUGCUACACGACAUACUGGACAAUCACAGUGAGGAACAGACACCCAAAACUUUGACUCAAGUGUAUACAUCCUUCAGUCUCGGUCAAAUCAACAAAAUGGAAGAAAAGUACCUAAAGGAAAUGACAGAAGAGGAGAAAGGGGAGUUCCUUAUUAAGCUUGGAAAACUGGCUUUCAAACAUCUGGAAGAAAACAUCAGAGGAGGCACUAUAAUCUUCUACGAGAAGGAUUUGAAACAGUGCGAUAUUGAUACAAAAUCUGGAGCACUUGAGUCUGGAGUGUGCACACAGAUCUUCAAGGAUGAGACAUCCUUCACUAAUCAGCGCAUUUUCAGCUUUGUCCACCUCAGUGUACAGGAAUUCUUUGCAGCCCUUUAUGCUCUUUGUAAGGGUGUCAAUGGGGAAAAUCCCCUUACAAAGACGACAACUCAAUCAGUGUCUGACCUCUACCAGUCUGCUGUAAACGAAGCCUUGCAGAGCCCCAAUGGACAUUUGGAUCUUUUUGUGCGCUUCUUGCUCGGCUUAGCCUCAGUGGAGGAAGGAGCUGGGUUCCAGUUGAGAGACCUAUUGCCACAGUUAGAUGUCCCGAAAGAGACUCGACUCUCGACACGGAAGACGACAGUUGAUCAUAUCAAAGAGGUAAUCCGUAAACAGAACUCAGCCGAACGCACCAUCAACCUCUUCCACUGUUUGAACGAACUAGGGGACAACUCGCUAGUGGAGGAAAUCAACAGAUACAGAGACUCAGCAGACAUGAAGGGGGAGUUAACUCCGGCCCAGUGCUCAGCUCUGGCUUAUCUGCUGCUGAUGUCCUCCGAUGACUUGGACGAGUUUGAUCAGAAGAAAUACCUGAGAUCAGAGGAAGGUUUCAACAGAAUGAAGCCUGUAGUGAAAAUCUCCAAGAGAGUUUGGUUGAAUCAGUGUCAUCUAUCCAAAGCAAGCUGUGAACUAAUGGUGUCAGUGCUGCAAGGGACAUCCUCUCUGAGAGAACUGGACAUGAGUGACAACGACUUGCAGGAUGAAGGAGUGGAGCUGCUCUGUAAGGGACUGGAACAUACUGACUGCAAGCUGGAAGUACUGAGGCUCUCCUUUUGUUGUAUCACACACAAGGGUUGUUCUCUCCUGGCCUCUGCCCUCAAGUCAAACCCCUCCUACCUGAAGGACCUGGAUAUCAGCUACAAUCAUCCAGAAGAUUCGGGUAUCGGAGAGCUCACGGACAGACGGAAUGAUCCCAACUGUAAACUAGAGACCCUCAAGUAUGAGCAUGGAGGAGAGCUGAGAACGAAACCAGCACCCAAAAAAUAUGCCUUUGAGCUCACACUGGACCCAAACACUGCACACAAACAACUCUCUCUCUCUGCGGGGAACAGAACAGUGACGCGUAGCACUGAGGACCAGUGGCAUCCUGACCAGUCAGACAGAUUUGUCUCCGUGCGCCAAGUGCUGUGUGGAGAGGGUCUGUCUGGACGCUGCUACUGGGAGGCUGAGUGGGAUGGCGAUGAGGCUGUUAUAGCAGUGGCAUAUAAAAGCAUCAAGAGGGAUGGGAAGGGGGACGAGAGCUGGUUCGGAGGGAAUGACAAGUCUUGGUGUCUAACCUACCGGGCUAAGAGUUUCUCUGUGAGGCAUGAUAAUAACACUACUGACAUACCCGACCCCUCCCCCCUUUCCACCAGAGUAGGAGUGUACCUGGAUUGGCCAGCGGGCACUCUGUCCUUCUACAGCGCCUCCAAUGACACGCUCACCCACCUGCACACGUUCGACUCCACAUUCACUGAGCCCCUCUAUCCUGGGUUUGGCUCUAUUGCAUGUGAUUCAUCAUUGUCCCUGUGCCAGAUCACAUGAACUCCUCAUCCUACUGGACCAUAAGCAUCUACAGUUUUCU